UCAAUCAAUGGCAACCUAAUUACUGCCAGAUUUUUUUUUUUUGUUUUUUUAACUUCCACCAUGUCAAAUCCCAAACCCUGAAAAAACAAAGGAAAAAAAAAAAAUUUCAUUCCCCCACCCUCCCCCUUCCUAUCUUUUCUCGUUUUCUUCCUUUAUUCGCUCUUCCGGAGCGAUUGGAUCUGGUAUCCUUUUAUAAACCCACAUAUCUCCUUCAAUCCGGAAGAUUAUAUCCACAAUUCAAUCAGCAUACAUUUCUUUCCUGUUGCAGACUACAUAAGUCAAUUUAGGGUUUCGUCUUUCUUGGUUUCUUGUUCUUAGAUUGGUCUCUUUUCAGAUCAUUACUGCUUUUUUAGUGUCCUUUAUCGUGGUAAAUCUUGUUGUCUUUUUGGGUUUGCUUAAGGAGUGAACGAGUUGGUUGGAGAACGAAAAGGGGAAAUUGCGAGUAGCAGAUGCAAUAUUUGGAUCGGAAAUUGAAGAAUUUUUCGGUGAAUUUUUUGGAAGGACCGGAAAAAGUUAAGGUUCGAGUUACAAUACAAGCUUAGCAUCGAUGUCUUGGGCUGGACCCGAAGAUAUCUACCUAUCUACUUCUCUGGCCAGUUAUCUUGACAAGAAGCUUCUUGUACUACUUAGAGACGGUCGAAAGCUUAUGGGCACUCUUCGUUCUUUUGAUCAAUUUGCCAAUGCUGUUCUCGAGGGUGCGUGUGAGAGAGUGAUUGUUGGUGAUCUUUACUGCGACAUCCCUUUAGGUCUCUAUGUCAUCCGUGGGGAGAAUGUUGUUUUAAUUGGCGAGCUGGCGCAGAAGGCUGAGAGAGAAGCUACUGAUCUUAAAGGCUCAAUGAGGAAAAGAAUGGAGUUUCUUGAUUUGGACUAACACAUGCUCCCUACAUCCAUUGUUCAUGGCCCGCAAAUUUUAUGGCGGUAUGUGGUGUAGGAAACAUGAUCAGAUUAAACUUUCAGUCUCUCCACCUGAUCAUCCUCUUCUCUCUCAAUUUGACUUGCUGUAACAUGUGAAUGUAUUUCACAAGUUUUUAACAGUCAUAUAUUGAUGUUUGUGAUUGUUAUUCAUUGUGUUAGAAGUUAAUAGAUUUACACCCAAAUCUAGAAAUGCUUAUCAUGAUCCUUCUGCCCGAAUCUGAAAGAACGGGAGUAAAAUGCUUCUACCCUUCGCUCCUCA